AUGUCUGAUACCAAUCCCCCUUCGGCCAUGUACAGUGGGAAUGGUUAUAAUCCUUUCCCCAAGAACCUUGACCGAUCAACCGCAUCAUCUUACCAAUCUCCCACUCAUGCUGGCAUGAGAGGUACAGAACUUAUUUCAACUCCACCUCACAAUCCUACCAUGACGAGUAACGAAAACUCUGAUCACAAGAAGACAGAUAUCGGAGAUGGAUGGGGAGAAGCUAAAGACGAUGAAAAGGAAGAGGAGGAGAAAAAGCUCGACUGGAGUGAAAUGUCUGUACAUACUCCUAUCAUGAUCAGGAAACCAGAAAAUGGUGGUACGACGUCUCAUAUGAAAGGUGAUAGUAUCAAUUCAAAUCCUUGUAUCAUCCAGGCUGGUGAUCGUCCUGCUACUACCGCCAACACCCAGGAAGAUGGUGGAUGGGUAUCUGGACAUGCAGCAGAUCCUUCCCCUCCUUCCCAACCAUUUCAUACCAGAGGUCAGAGUCGAAGAUAUCCCUCCGGUGCUUCUCAAUACCGAGAAGGAAGACCAACGUCCUUGUCUUCUCAACCUGUAGGCGAGGAUCGACCGAACUCGAGAACUCAAAUUACACACCCUUACCAGCUCUCCCUCACACCUUCUCACAUGCAGUACCAUGGUCAGUUCAAUCAACCUCCUGUUCAUCCAGCACUUCGAACUUCAAGAGGAUUCAGAAACGCAAUUUCCGGUGCUCUAGGCAAUCCACCUAUCGUAUCCCCUACCUACCCCCAACAACCCAUCAAUACCAUAUCAGCUGCCCACACCCAACUCGCAUAUUCAGAGGCUCCUCAACCACAUGUGCCAACAUAUACCGAUCCUAUCGUUGGUCCGCCACGUCAGCAGGUUGCCGGUCUCCACGAUGCAAACCGUAUUCCGGUAUCGCACGCCAAACAAUGGGGCAAAUAUGCUACUCCCGAGCAAGAAGGUAGAUACGAUGACGCUUCAGCAGCUAUGCAGACCAAGAACGUGCAACCUCAACCUAACCUCUCAGAGCCACCAGGGAAUCCGAUGUGGAGCGAGAUCGGCGAUCCAGCUCAAGCUAGCUGGGAAAAGGAUGCUCGUCUCGCUAGAUGGGCUAAUAACGUCCCUCCCAUACCACCUUCCCACCAAAUCACUCCUCACACUUCCAUCCCUCCUUCGGAGGCGGAUGCUUCAGAAGCUGAGGAGGAGAUAGAGACCUUCUCGAGACCAGAAACGCCUGAGGGCAAUGCUCGAGUGGUUACCAUGGAAUAUUCCCCUGGAGGAGAGGAAAGAACACCAGCUCUUACUCCGCAUGGUACGGCUUCUCCACCACAGGAAGAAAGCGAAAUAAUCGAUCCAACUUCUGUAAAAGCUAAAGCCGAAAACCCUCCAGCUGUAAUUGGUGUAGCUGCGGAAGGUCACGAGCUUCCUUCGACUCCGCCUAGUGAUCCUGUCGAUAGCUCUCCUCAUGGUCCAAGAGGAAGGCUGCAAAAUGGAGUCGAUCGAUCGUGGAACUCUCGAAGAACUCAUUGGUGGAAGAGACCUCCUCAUCCGAUGUUCAGCCCCCAAUACGCCUCUCAACGUAUCUUAGUCCAAUUACCAUUCCCCGUUCGGACCGACACGUUGAAACAGCUUAUGUCGGAUCAAUUCUCUCGAUACGGGGAGAUCAAUUCAGUAUUCCACUUCGAGCCUAAUGGCAACUUUUGCGAAAAAGCCAUUGUCGUAUUUAAAGAUAAAGAAGCAGUCAAGAAAGUCUUCAGUGAUCCAGAGAGCCGAACCUGGGUGGUCAAAUCCUCGAGAAAUCCCGGGAACAAUCCGGUCGAAUUAGUGAUCAAACAUUCCUCUCCUCAUCACCUUAGCCGAACCGUCUUGAUUCGUAUCACUGGACCUCGUGUAGACGCACGAGCGAGAUCGGCUUCCCCUGAGCCAGCCCUUCCAAACGCGGAAUACGAAGAAACAUUCGCUCUUAGAGAUCAGCUUGGUCCGUAUCACCGGGCGCCACUUCCUGUACGAAUUUAUAUCGACGCUGUGCCCACAUUAUUUAGGGACGGACGAUCCAACUUUCGAGCCAAAAUUCGGCCUCGACACAUUUCCUUCAAACAACUCUAUGAGCAAGCAAAAGAAGAAACUGGGAAGGACAUGACACAAAUUGGUGAACUGGACUUAAGACGAAGAGUUCCUGAGAGAGACAUUAUUCCGGUUCUUUGUGACUAUUUUGCUGAAGUCUGUGAUAUUUCGCCUCCGACCGCCAAAGGUCAAGGUUGGCUGGUCACAGUUGGUGGAAUACAAGAUGCCCGACAUUUGAUGGACGAAAUCUCAAAGAUUCCUGGAUUCUUCGCUCGAUGGGCAGAUGAGGGAGACGGUUACGACGCGAAUGCUGAGGUGGAGAUUCCUCCGUCCGUCACCACAGAACCUGUAACACCCAUCACUCGUGUACGAAACGAGAUGGAAGGCCGGUCCUCUGCUGCUAACCGACAGGCUCGAUUCCCGAUGUCAGAAGAUGUCGAUAUUGCGACUGAAAAUGUCGAAUCGCAUCACUCAGACCAUUUACCGCCACCCGAACCACUCCCAUCGGCCGGAGGAGAAGGUCCCACUGUCACCCCUCUCAGCCAACCAAUACCCCAAUACGCUUAUCCUCCCAGCGGUUAUAGUCCUAAUCACCCGAAUCUCCGACGAACCAUUCUACAUACCUAUAAAGGAAGACCCUUGAUACACGACAUGUCGUCGGAUGAAGAAAGAUUUAUCGACGAGAGGGCGAUUUUUGUCGGUAGGUUAGUCAAGCAGGUGGAAACCAGUGCCACACUUUUGAAGAGAUUCAGUAGAUAUGGUACUAUAUCGACUAUCGAGUACAAUCCCUCGUACAGCGCCGCUAGCUACGCGACAGCAAGAAUUCUUUACCAAGAUAAGGACUCUGCAGAUAGAGCAAUCGCUCAUGAGAACGGGUCCAUCUCAUUCGGGUCAUCGAUCAAGGUGGAAGUCCGUAAGGUGCUCUCAAAUGAUGUACAAUUUAAAGAAAUGUACAUCGAUGAUUCAGGAAGAGCGAUCAGUCCUUCGAUGGUCUCACAAUAUAGUCCGGCAUCUGCUACUGUUCAGGCACCCCAUUUCUUACCUGCUAUGGACCAUGCCAACCAACACCCUUUAUCUGCUGGUCUCUACCCUGGGAUGAUGCCUCCUACACACUUCGGAAUGUGGUAUCAUCCUCAAUUCCAACCACCUAUGAUGCCAGCUCCUUAUCCUAUCCCAAUGAACCCAGGGUCAGCACCGACCGGAAAUCCAGUGGAACCAGCACCUUCGGUUGCUACACCUUAUAUGGACACCCGAAACCGCUCUCAGGUGGCUUCAAACAUGCAAUUACCGAUGCUUUGUGCCGCUUGGGGUAUUGGGUACCUACCCCCAGGGGCUCUCCCAUUCCCCUUUGCCGCUCCUACCCCAUCGACAGGAAACGAUGGUGCUGGAUCUGCCCCACCGGCCGCACCAGUCCCUGGUCCCGACCUGAACCCUGAAGCUUCCUCAGUGGAAUCAUCAAUCGAGUUGCCAGAUGGUCUCUCUUCUUGGAGCAGACUCAAUCCUAUCGGAUUCACCAACGAAGACGGUAUGUUAAAGCCUGUUUACGAUCCGAAGGAUCUCAAGGAUUACUGCGCAGAGAACAAAAUUACUCUACCUAAGGGCGCCGAUCCAUCGAGUAUCGUCAAGCAGGAAGAAGUCACUCUCUUACCAAUCCAAAGUGGUGGUCACGAUCAUGCUGGACCAGAUCAGCCUAUCAAUUCACUUGCGGAAGGUAUGCCUCUCUCACCAAAGUUCGCGAGCAUCAAUGAUCCUCCAAGAGUCAACAACGUCGGAGAGACAAGGACGGUUCCUGUACCCAUCCCUUUCAGUCCGGUGGAACCUCUACAAUCUCUCCCUGAUCUGCAAAGCUAUACGAACGUUUCCAAUACCAAUGGCAGCAGCCUCGUUUCACCGCCUCCACAACCUCAGGCGUGGUCUACGACUGGAAUUCCUAUACAAAAUGCCAACCCUGCUGAACCACCAUUAUUCACCAAUAGUCCCUUACCGCUGCGACCUGAUCAACACCAAUCACCACAACAUACAGCCCCUGGACUAAUUGCGCUUACCGAUGACUCAUUAGCUCAUCGUUUACAGCAAGCACCGGCUCAGAAUCACUCUGCUGGAUUACCCUAUUCUGUAGCACCUAGCACUCAACAACAAGCACCGCCUGUUCACAACUUUGCCAGACCACCCGUGUCUAUCAAUGACCCCUUAGCGUCUCAACACGACUCUGCUGGAUCAACCGUGUUUACCAAUGAUCCAUUAGCGCUUCGCUCUCAUCACCACGCAUCCUUCGAUGGCCAAUUCACACCGUCUACCCAUGUUCCGGAUUCCAUGCAGUAUCAUCAUACUGGUACUUCUUCUGUUCAUCAUGAUCGUCGAUGGAACUCUCCCACCAUUUCGAUGGAGACCGGUGAUCAGAGCGUCGGAGGGAUCACACCAUUCGGAAGCUACAGAGGGGCGAGAAGAUCAAGAGUUGAUAAUAGAAACACUCGAUCAGGAGAUAGCAAUGGGAAUGCGAGACCAAACAUGAUUGAGCAGAACGAUGCUGGAGGAUGGUGA